AUGCAUGAGACACAACCAACGUCCAAUGACGGAGCACUCAAGCUUCACCACUUUUCAAGUUCCAUUUUCUAUCCGGAAAUUCGACAAGCCGAAUCAGAAAAUGCACUCCUGCAGCCUCUCUUGAUCUCUGUGUGGUUUUCUGGUGCGGUUCCUCGACACCUCGCACAUUCGAACAUUCCCAUAGAAAUCACUGUGUCUCUGAAUGAAGAAUACACAUUAUUCACAGUACCUGUGAUUGAGAUAGCAUCUCAGCGGACCGGGGAGCCUUAUCCUUCUAACAGUUCUGUGUCUUCCGGUCAAUAUGAACAUUACUCCAUGUCUGACGAUGCACCCAUUUCUUUCCUCCCCUUGCCGCCGACAUUCGAUUAUACGGAUUCAGACCACUGGGCUGAACUCUCCGGCACUAUACAGUCGUGGCUUGUGGCAUUUGCGGAUACCAUGAAGCCUGAAUGGACCUGGGGUCGGGACACAUUCUGGUAUGCAUUUGUCGCUGCCAAUCCUGACUUCCCCGGUGGCAAGUGGGCAUUCUGGGGUCCCAGUAUUCCGCUUGAGGGACAAUUCAUUGAGGAGUGGGUGGGUGGCGGUAUCGAUUUGGCUGCUGGAGAUGCUGACGAAGAGCUCGCUACCCCUUCGAUGCACAACGACACCCUGAGCUUCAUAUGGACAGAGUUCUCCAAACACGUUGCGCUUUUUUACCCUUAUCCUUUGAUCUCUACUACAUAA